CGGGCUUAGCCCAGUGGGUGGGUAGUACACAGUAAAUGCUUAUUAACUGGUCGGUUGAAAGGCCCCAUUUGAAACAUGUGAAUUUGUGUUUAGGCCACAAGAUGAGAGAAGAGAGACGAGAAAGUUCUAAAAAACGGAAUUCGGUUGAGUCGUUUCUGUUCCUCUGACCUGUUUCUCUCUUCACGCCACAGAGAAACGAGGAAAUCUUACUUUGGGCGGAGAUGAGCAUGUAAAAGGUUCUAUUAUUUAUAGAUACUAUGUAUCUACGGCACAGCCUCAGAAAGCUGUGGUGAGGCUCGAAUGAAAUUUAAAGUAUCUACAGCACUUUUCCAGCUUUACAACGCUAUAUAUAAAAGUCAGCUAUUAUUCAAAUUGGGGCAGUACUAGAGGAGCGUCCGAGCUCCGGAACUAAUACUAAGAGCAAUCGUUUUUAUCCGGGAGAAUUACGCGGUGCUUUCCGGUCGGAAGGAUUUAGGAAGCCUACUUCCAUUUGCGGCCGAAGAGAGGGGAGGAGGGGGAUGUCCUCUCUACCUUUUACAAUCUGUCAGGUAAAAGUAGGGAUAGUUGCUUGUCCCACCGGCUUGCUGGUCGUGCGUAUGGGGCACAGUGGCCGAGCUGAAGCCAACGCUCUUUUCUAGACACCACAAACGAUCUCGGAAGCCGCACUGGGAACCCAGAGCUAGUUUCCGCCCGGAACCUCUUUUGGGUGCUCUCCCGCGGAGCUGCGGCUGCGCACUGAGCCUCAUUGCCGCCGCCGCCGCCGCCUCUGCUCUGCCUCUGCAGCCGAAGCUGCUCCCCUUUGGCUUGUCGCUCUACUCUUCCUCGCUCUUCGCUGCCCGACUCCAGGCUCCGUAGGGAUCGGAAGGAAACGCACCAGACCAUCAGUUAGACAUCCCGGGAGGUAGGUGUAGAAGGAUAAAGUGGGUACCUACCUAGAAAGGGAAGCACCACCCGACAAGCAAAACCUAUGGAGUUUAAGAAAGCAAUGGAUUUCAAUGGAAUUCACUAAAGAAUUUUGUGACUGACGUUUUAAAAUGGUAAAAGCUCAGCAGUGUGUGGUGUCUAACAAGUUACCUAGGAAGAGGCCAUAUAUUUGUAAUAUAUGCUUCAAGCACUUUGAAACACCAUCAAAAUUAGCCAGACAUUAUCUUAUUCACACUGGUCAAAAGCCAUUUGAAUGCCAUGUGUGUCAUAAAACUUUUAGACAACUAGUUCAUCUGGAAAGACAUCAGCUAACUCACAAGCUUCCAUUUAAAUGCAGUAUUUGUCAACGACACUUUAAAAAUCUAAUAACCUUCUUGAAACAUCAGCAACUCCACAAUGAAACCUAUCAGAAUGAUGUAAAGCAAGUCAAAAGAUUGGCAGAAUCCAAGCAAGAGAAGCCAACUUAUGGAGCAUAUCGUUCUUUUUCAACAGAAGAGAGGUGGGUAUUACACCCAUCCUCCAAGUCAGAUCAUGUGUAUGGCACUGCAAGGAGAAGAAAGAAAAUCCAUGCAUGUGAUACCUGCAGCAAGAUGUUUCCAUCCCGCUCAAAGUUGGAAAGACAUUUACUUAUUCAUACUGGUCAGAAACCUUUUAAAUGUUCUCUUUGCAGCAAAUCAUUUAGACAGUCAACUCAUUUGAAAAUCCAUCAGCUAACACAUACUGAAGAGAGACCUUUUCAGUGUUGUUUUUGUCAAAAGGGAUUUAAGAUUCAGAGUAAACUUCUAAAGCAUAAACAAAUUCAUACCAGAAAAAAGAAUUUUCAAACUAUUUCAUUCAAGAAAAAGAAUACAGAGUCACGCUCAGUUCCAAUUAAAUUAAACUUAAAGCAGGAUGCUUUUGAAAAUGGUGACACACAGGAAUCCGAGGAGAAUUCUCCAAUUGAUGUUGACUCUAUUUAUAUUGUCCCUUUUCAAUGUCCAGAAUGUGAGCAGUGUUUUGAAUCAGAACAGGUUCUCAAUGUUCACAAAUGUUUGCAUUCAGGAGAUGCAAAAAAUACAAACAGCAUCAAAAGAAACCACAACUACAAAACUAAUGUUAAAGGUAAAGUUUUGACUAAGCUUAGGCGUCCUGGGGAUAAGCAGUUAGAUGCCUUUCGAUCUGACAAAAAGAAGUUUAAAACUAGGUUCUUGAAAAAUCGUGAUCAUCUUGGUGAGCAAAGCUCUGAUCAGAAUGCCUCACCUAAAACCUUUAAGAGUCCUCAUGGCAAAUUUGGAUCUUACAAAAAAGUUAAUAGUACUAAAAAGAAAAGACAUUUGCCAUUUUCCUGGCAAAAGCAAUUGCAGAGCCCUAGUGCUGAGGUUAAUUUGAAAGGUACUAUUAAUAGUGAAGGUAUUUUAAAUGCAGAUGAUUCAGUGAAUAAUGAUAUAACAAUUUAUAGUCCAUCUGGUGAGGAAUUCUUUGAUGACCCUGAUGCACUUCAACGUGCGCUUUCAACUUCCACUGAUGAUGUGCUUACAAGACAUAAAAUGUGUCCAUGUGACAAAUGUGAAAAGGUUUUUCCUUCAAUAUCCAAACUUCAGAGACACUAUCUAAUUCACACUGGACAGAGACCUUUUGGCUGUAAUGUUUGUGGGAAGUCAUUUAGACAGUCAGCUCACUUAAAAAGGCAUAAGCUCACUCACAUUGAAAAAAUCCCUUUUAAAAGGCCUAUUUACCAGGUAGAAUUUGAAAAUUUAAACAAACUUUUCACUCAUCAAGGAGAUAAUUCUCAGUUGGUGGGUUAUUCUGAGGCUUCUGAUGCUCAAGAAUAUAAGGUGACUGACUCAAGUGAAGUAUCAGAAUUCAAAGUUAGUACAGAAUCAGGGGAUUUCAUUCUUGUCACUCAUGGUAGAAAUAUGCAGCCCUAUCUGUCUAAGAAACUGUUGGAGACAGAGCAGAGGCGUUAUAGCCGUUACCACGGCUAUUCAGGAAGUGCUGAGAAGAAUGAAGGCCUGCUUUACCAGUGUAGUGUUUGUUUUAAAAGUUUCAGGUCUCCAUCCAAACUCGAAAGACACUAUUUAAUUCAUGCAGGACAGAAGCCAUUUGAAUGUUCAGUGUGUGGCAAAACUUUUAGACAGGCACCCCACUGGAAGAGACACCAGCUUACUCAUUUCAAAGAACGAUCCUAGGAAAAUAUGGCUGUCUUAAAAUUUGGUUAUGUAACUGACAGAAUCGCCAACACAAUUGGUGCUAGGCAGACCGCUGGCAAUAUCCCUGGAGAUUUAGUUUUUAAAGUCUGUUGCAUUUGGAAUGUGUGAUUAUCAGUGGGUCUACAUUAGCUGAAAGGCUGGUACUGUGUCUUAAUUGAUCUUUGUAUGCAUGCCUUUCAGCACCUAGCAUAGUGCCUUGCAUAUACUAGGCCUCAAGUGUUUGUUGAAUUGAAUGGAACUGAAAUUGAGUGAAUUAAUAUGCAAUUGCUUGUCUUGCAUGGUAAGGUCAUAGGAUGAGAAAAUAGUAAAUAUAUUGUUUAUGUGUAUCCACCCAUUUAAAAAAUGAUACUUGAGUGUCCAGUGUUUUAUUUUAAUGUUGCAAAUAUAUGUGGUGGCUAUAUUAAAAGUAUUAUUGAAAAUCAUAAUAUGAUAUUCAUUUAGUGGGAUUAUUCCUUACAUUGUGCCAUCUCUUUACAUGUACACAAAAUCCAAGAGACUGAAGAUUGUUCCCACCCAGAAAGUAAUAAACAGUCUUCACUGUGGUCCCUUUGUAUUCCAUAUGACCUGAAAGUAUAACUGACAUUUAUAUAGUCCUUUAUGGUUACAAAGUGCUUUAGAUAGAGCAUGCAUUUGAUUCUCACAACACUUUAUUGAGGUAGGUUUUGCAGGCAUUACCUCCCAUUUUUAGAUAAGGAAAUUGAUACUGAGAAGUCAAGUGAUUUUGCCCAUGGUUACACAGGUAUGUGUUUAGUGAUAGAGUGGGCCUGGGCUGAAUAUCAGGUCUUUUGACUAUUGUCCAUUUACUACUUAAUAUUCAUGGCAGAAUUCCCUAGUAGCAUUUUUUUUUUUUUAAUAAGAAUUAGUGGAAAUAAAAAUGAAUGAAAAAUUCUUAUAGCAAUAUUCUGGUUGCUAAUUUAACCUCUUUGAACCUUAUGCUUUUUCAUAAAGAGAGAAUAUGAAAUGUUUAUUGAAUUGAAUUAACUAUAGUAAUAUUGCAUUUCUUUUCAGGAGAUAGAAGCAGAUCUUUUCCUUUACCUGCUUUGGUUGAAGGUCUGGGGUUCUUAAUUUCUUGAGUCAUGGACCCCAUUGGCAGUUUCAUGAAACCUAUAAAUCCCUUUUCUUAGAAUAACAUUUUUAAAUGCAUAAAACAAAAUCCAUAGAAUUAUAAAGGACAUCAAUUAUAUUGAAAUACAGUUGCCAAAAUAUUAAGAAAGCAAGUUCUCAGACCCCCAAUUAAGAAUCCCUGAUCUCGGCAAAGGUUAUGUUUUUAAAAUACAUUUGAAAAGUGGUACAAAAGCUAGGCUUUACCCCUGCCAUGUUCAGUUGUCAGGUCAUGAAUAUUCUAUAGCUUCCUUAAUCUUUUUUAUAGUGGUGAUUAGAUUUUCAUCUUAGAAACUGAAUAAAACUCUUCAACUUACUUUAUUUAUGGUAACUACUAGAUAGGUCUACCAACAUUAUUUAGUUGCAGAUCAAUGGCCUGUCACUGAUCCCCAUCUCCCUUAUACCCGAGUUCCUUUUCAUAAAACUCCCAACUCUGCUUUUCAUGUAGUGGUGCUGCUUCAGAUAUCAACAAUCGCAUUUAGUGUGUGUUAUUUUAUCCAUCUAAAACCUCUUAUAGAAUUCUUAUGUUAGAUAAAUACUUUGGUUUUAAUCCUUUUUCAGACAAUUAUGCAGCAUUGUGAUAUAUUUGAAAGCAGAUUUGAUUUGGAGUCAAGGGAAGGCAGUCUUAGGGGUGACUGUGGGUAAGUUAUUUACUAUCUGAUUGUCAUCUGCAAAGUGAGCCAGGGUUAGAUUAGAUGAUCUAAGGUCUUGCAUAAGUCUAAAUCUAUUAUCCUAUGUAUUUGGAGAUUAUUCCUGUUUGUUAGAUGCUUAUCAUGGAGAAUGUAGUAAUCACUUUACAAAACAAUUCACGAUUUGGAAAACUUUUAUUAACUGUAAAGGAAGUGUGAAUGCAACUUUUUUUUAGAUUUAAGGAUUUGAUCUUACUUGAAAUAAGGAAUUCUGGUAAAGCAUAGAGGUAGCAAGGACUAGGAAAUAGGGAGCUGGGUUUGGAAUUAGGAAGACCUGGAUUCAAAUUCUAGGUCAACCAUUUACUAGCUUUGUGUCCCCUGCAAAUUAUUUAACUUCUAUGUACCUCAGGCAAUUUCUUUGGACUAAGGAGUUAUAGAGAAGUUGCUUUUUACUUUGGUGGAUUUAGUUAAACUCAAUGGUGUUCUUGAAGGAAAAGAACCAGCAUAUGGAAUAUAAAACAGGUGAGUACCUAUAGGAAACAAACACUGUAAGAAGUUCAUAUCCUUCCUUUUUUUUUUUUUUUUUUUUUUUAAAUUUUACUUGAGGCUCAUUUCUGAAAGAGAAUUUGGAUAUAGUAUAAAAAGUUUGAGAAUCUGUUUUGAGAGCAUCCCUAUUUUGGGGGGCUUAAUAUUUAUAAAGAAAAAAAUAUAUACAUGCACACACACAGAAAUUUGACUUUUCACAAUUUCUCUAGUAAAAAUACCCAAAUAACAGGGCUCAUUAUGUUUUUUUAAAAAAAUGUUUCCUUUAAAUAUUGAAUUUUGCUGAUGCAGGUUAAAACAUUUUCAUUUGUUAAAAAUUUGUUUUACACAUACCUUUAAAGGUUACACACACUCCUCUACAAAAUAUAACUUUAAUUUUGUCUGAAUGGAUUUGAAGAUAUUGAAUUUCUCUAGGCCUUUUAAAGAAGAAUCAUGGUUUUUACUUGCAUUGGUAUAGAUUUGGUUGAAUUUGGUUUGAAUGAAAUUUGUCCCACUCCCAGACUACAAAGAUAAAAUCAAAACAGGCUUAUGUAAUUUUUUAAAAGGAGUAAAGCUCUUGCUUACCUGUAAAUGUUAUUAUUUAAGUAAAUUUUCUGCCUAUUUUUUAAGUUGCAAAAAUCUAAAAAGUUGUCAAAGUAGAACUUUGAAGUACUUGUAACAAAUCAUCUUAUUUGUAUUGUACACUACGUGAAGAUUUUAGAAAUGUGAAUAUAUGCUACAUAAAUCUUAUUUUAAUAAGAUUAAGCAUUAGAUGUCAAAGUAACUGAUGGACUGCUGCAUGCUGAAAUCAAUUUUUUUUUUGUUUGUUUCUGAGAAGAAUAAACUUCAUAAAACUCUUU